AUGGGCAUGCAGGGCAUGGAGCUGUGCGCCGUGGCCGUGGUCAUCCUGCUGUUCAUCACCGUCCUCAAGCAGUUUGGCAUCCUGGAGCCCAUCUCUGCUGAAGACGGCGGCGAGGCGGAGCUGGAGCUGUGCACCGUGCGGCACCAACCCGAGGCGCUGGAGCAGCUGCUGGCGCGGACCAAGUUCAGCAAGCAGGAGCUGCAGGCUCUCUACCGCGGCUUCAAGAACGAGUGUCCCAGCGGGCUGGUGGAUGAGGAGACCUUCAAGCUCAUCUACUCACAGUUCUUCCCCCAGGGAGAUGCCAGCACCUACGCAAGCUUCGUGUUUGAUGCCUUUGACGCCGAUGGCAAUGGUGCCCUCUGCUUCCAGGAUUUUGCCAUGGGCCUCUCUGUCCUGCUGCGGGGGACGGUGCAGCAGAAGCUGAGGUGGACUUUUGACCUCUACGACAUCAACAAGGACGGCUGCAUCACCAAGGAGGAGAUGCUGGAGAUGAUGAAGUCCAUCUACAACAUGAUGGGACGCUGCACCCACCCCCCGCUGAGAGACACUGCCCCUGCUGAGCACGUGGACCUCUUCUUCCAGAAAAUGGACAGGAAUGGUGAUGGUGUGGUGACCUUCGAGGAGUUCCUGGAGACGUGCCAGAAGGACCAGGACAUCAUGAGGUCCAUGAAGAUCUUCGAGAAUGCCAUCUAG